AUUAACGCUCCCGUAAAAUCCUAAACCCACACCCCACAUACGCCUUUCAGAAGACCACCACCCUCCCUCCUCUUUUGCUAUUUCUACUUUUGAAGAGAAAGUGAAAAGAAACCUCACUUUGCCUCUCAUUCAUGUGAUUAUGUCUUCUGUCUGAUCCUAAAACCCCCACGAUCCUUUGAUUUCUUUCUCUGCCAUCCUCCCCCCCCCCCCCCUUUCAAUCUGAAAUCAGUUAAUCAAAUCAAAUUAUAAAUCUAUUGGCUUUAUAAUGACUGGAGAUACGGAUAACAAGUUCUUGAAUGUGGGUCUACUCAUUAUAGCCACUCUACUGGUGGCCAAGCUCAUCUCUGCACUUAUAAUGCCUAGAUCUCAAAAGCGCUUGCCUCCUGUUAUGAAGGGAUGGCCUUUGAUUGGAGGGCUCAUUCGGUUCCUUAAAGGUCCUAUUGUGAUGCUUCGCGAAGAGUACCCAAAACUUGGCAGUGUGUUUACUGUGAAUUUGGUUAAUAGGAAGAUUACUUUCUUGAUUGGCCCUGAGGUGUCUGCGCAUUUCUUCAAGGCUUCGGAAGUGGAUUUGAGCCAGCAGGAGGUGUAUCAGUUCAAUGUGCCUACUUUUGGUCCCGGUGUUGUGUUUGAUGUGGAGUACUCCAUUAGGCAAGAGCAGUUUCGGUUCUUCACAGAGGCUUUAAGAGUGAACAAACUCAAGGGAUAUGUGGACCAGAUGGUGGUAGAAGCAGAGGAUUACUUCUUAAAAUGGGGAGACAGUGGGGUGGUAGACUUGAAGUAUGAGCUUGAGCAUCUGAUCAUUUUGACAGCCAGUAGAUGUCUACUUGGACGAGAAGUGCGUGAUAAGCUUUUUGAUGACGUGGCUGCUCUAUUCCAUGACCUUGACAAUGGAAUGCUCCCAGUUAGUGUUUUAUUCCCAUACUUGCCCAUCCCGGCUCAUCGCCGCCGUGACCGGGCACGCAAGAAGCUUGCAGAAAUCUUUGCAAAUAUCAUAAAUUCUCGUAAGCUUGCCAGCAAAUCAGAGAAUGACAUGUUGCAGUGCUUCAUUGAUUCAAAGUAUAAAGAUGGUCGCCCAACAACUGAGUCUGAGAUCACAGGCUUGCUCAUUGCUGCUCUCUUUGCUGGGCAGCACACCAGUUCCAUCACCUCUACAUGGACCGGAGCCUAUCUUCUGCGACACAAUGAAUACCUAUCUGCUGUACUGGAGGAGCAGAAGAACCUGAUGAAAAAGCACGGGAACAAGGUUGAUCAUGAUAUUUUAUCCGAGAUGGAUGUCCUGUAUCGGUGCAUCAAGGAAGCCCUUAGACUCCAUCCUCCACUAAUUAUGCUUCUACGGAGCUCACACAGUGACUUCAGUGUGACAACACGAGAUGGGAAAGAAUAUGACAUCCCAAAGGGCCACAUUGUCGCAACAUCUCCUGCAUUUGCUAACCGGCUUCCUCAUGUCUUCAAGGACCCAGAUAGCUAUGAUCCCGACAGAUUUGCUUAUGGGAGAGAAGAAGACAAAGCAGCAGGGGCAUUUUCAUAUAUUUCUUUUGGAGGUGGCAGGCACGGGUGCCUCGGUGAACCAUUUGCUUACUUGCAGAUAAAAGCGAUAUGGAGUCAUUUGCUGAGGAAUUUUGAACUGGAGCUCAUAUCUCCUUUCCCUGAGAUAGACUGGAAUGCAAUGGUCGUUGGUGUGAAAGACAAGGUAAUGGUGCGUUACAAGCGGCGUGAGCUUUCAGUAAAUUAGGGGAGCAAUUUCUGUAGAAUGACUUUUCGCUAUCUGUGCUUUGUUUUAUUUGUUCACGGUGGUUGUUGCGAGGUUUUGUUUGAUUUAUAACUGCCCGAACUUGGGUUUUAGACCUGUGUUAUGCUAGUAAUCCAGGUUGAGUUUUUCAUAAGCAAUGAAAUAGGUCAGCGAUCACUCUGGA